UGGCCAAGCAUCCUCGGGAACCACAUCCAGCAGACCUAUCCUACCUCUGCCACCUCUGCCAUGGCUGCGAGAACCAUUAUCAUCGACCACGGGUCCGGCUUUCUGAAGUCCGGCUUGGCCGGGUGGAACGAGCCCCAGCUGAUCUUCCCAAGCAUCGUGAACUACAUCCCCUGCAGGGAGAACCCCGGCCCCAGCUACGCCCGGCGGCGCGUGAGUCUAGGCAUCGACAUGUGCCGGCCUGACACCUUUAGCUACCCCGUGCAGCGUGGCCGUGUCCUUAACUGGGAGGGUGUGGAGCACCUCUGGUCAUUUGUCCUGGAGAAGCACAGGCAGGAGCAUGACGACUCACCUGUGAUGGUCACGGAGUCCCCGCUGAAGGAGCCUAGUGACCGACAGAAGACCCUGGAGAUUAUGUUUGAGUUACUGGAUGUCCCGUCCGUCCUCCUGGCUGACCAGCUGGAGAUGUCUCUGUACGCAUCUGGCCUCCUGAGUGGCGUGGUGGUGGAUUCGGGCUAUGGCCUGAGCCGCGUGCAGCCUUUCCAUCUGGGCCGCCCCUUGCGGUCCAGCGCCAAGACGCUGGAGUUCGCAGGCCAGGAUCUCUCGGCUUAUCUCUUUAAGAGCCUCUUCAAGGAGAAUGUCAACCAGCACAACCUGUUUCAGCUGGAAACGGUGAGCACCACGCAGAUGAACAAGUGCUAUGUGCCGCAGAAUCUGGGGGAGGCGCUGGACUUUUGUCAGAACCUGCCGAGGGGCUCGGAUGAGAGUAACACCUAUCGCCUCCCUGACGGCACCUGUGUGGAGCUGACCCCCUUGCAGCGCUUGGCCCCUGAGAUGUUCUUCAGCCCCCAGGUGUUCGACAUGCAGGGGCCCAGCAUCUCCCAGGCCGCCUUGGAGUCCAUCGAGACCUGCGAGGCCGCCCUGCAGCCUCUGCUCGUCUCCCACCUCGUGGCCUGCGGGGGCAACACCCUCUAUCCUGGCUUCACCAAGCGCCUGUGCAAGUUGGUUGCUGAUCACUUCUGCUCCAGCCAUGCUAGCGUGUGGAUGGGUUCCAACAGGAAUUUUAGCGUGUGGCUGGGAGCAUCCAUAGUGGCUCAUCUGUCGACGUACAAGUCUGGAUGGCUGACCAGAGAGGAGUAUGACGAGAGCUUAAAGCCGUGACCCGCUGGCUGGUUCCUG